AUGCUCAUCAUUGCUCGCCGUUCAUCGUCCGUCCUGCUUCAGACCAUGAGUAAAUCCUCCCGUAUCUCUUCUAUCUCAUUCAAUUCCUUGUCACCUCUUGUGUCUACGGAUGAGGUACAAACGCUUCUGCAGAAUGCACAAGACCAGCGCGUGCGUUUUCUUGAUGCGUCUUGGUACUUGGACAAGACUCGCGAUGCCAAGAAGGAGUUUGCACUACAACGUCUUCCAGGUGCUCAGUUCUUUGAUAUAGAACAGAUCUCAGAUGUGACUUCAACACUUCCGCAUAUGCUUCCAACUUCAAAGACAUUUGAGCAUGCGAUGAUGUACUUGGGGGUGGAAAACGAUGACACUGUGGUUAUUUACGGUGGUCAGAAUUGUUUCAGUCCAGCACGUUGUUGGUGGACGUUCAAGUACUUUGGACACGACAGCGUUCACAUUCUUAACGGCGGCAUCACCAAGUGGAAGAAGGAAAAGCGUCAAGUUGAAACGGGAGAGCCACAGAAAGUAGUCGCGGGUACCCCUUACAAAUCGAAACCCAACGAGGCUCUAUGUGUAUCAUGGGAGGACGUGCUAGCCAAGAUUGGAUCGUCCACGCAGAUUGUGGACGCCCGGGGAGCCGCGCGUUUCUAUGCGAAGGAGCCUGAGCCUCGCCCGGGAAUGCGCGGUGGACACAUUCCAGGAUCUAUCAAUGUGCCGUUUGGCAAGAUUGUCGAUUCCAAGGAUUUUUCGCUUUUCCGAGACGUCGCUGACAUCAAGAGCGCUUUUAAUGAAGCGAACGUGAAGAUGGACGAGACUAGCCCAGUCAUCACUAGCUGCGGAUCUGGAGUGACUGCGAGCAUUCUCACUUUCGGCCUGCACUUGGCUGGCAAGCCACUGGAGAAAGCUCCUGUGUACGAUGGAUCGUGGUCGGAGUGGGGUAUGCGUUCUGACCUUCCUAUCGAAACCGAAGCAAAAUGA